AUGCCCCGCCCCACGAGCGAGCAGUCGAGCCUGCGCAGCCAGCCCAGGCGGAAAAGCAUCGAGGCCUUCCGUUCCAGAAGAGCUGCCAAGGUCAUCCAGCGCAGCUACCGCGGGUACCGCUCGCGGCGAGAGAGCAAGGGCCUCGAACUCGCGGCCUCGACGCGGUGGGUGGCUGCGAUCCAGGAGGCGCAGUUUCGCGAGACGACCAAACCGCGCGCGCGCGAAGCCAUGGCGCCGGAGACUGGCGAGGCGCCCACCAUGCUGUCGAGGGAAGACGACGGCAAGCAUCUGCGGCAUCGUGCCCCGAGACGACCCACCCCGGCGUGGUCGACAGCGCGCGACAUGCCGCCGACGCCGGAGCCUGAAGUGGACGCGAACGACAGCCGAUCCGAGUCGUCGAUCGAGUCGGCCCUCGAGGCGGACCGCGCGGCCAAGUACGCGACGCCCGAAGUCGACGACGAGAAACCGCAUCGCAAGGUGAUGCACGUGUCGGCGAGCACCAUCUUCAACAAGAUGCUCCGCAAAUCCGUCCGCAAGAACACGUGGAUCUUUGUCGCCGACACCAACUUUCGGCUGUACGUGGGCAUCAAGAGCUCGGGGGCGUUCCAGCACUCGUCGUUCCUCCAGGGCAGCCGCAUCUCGUCGGCGGGGCUCAUCAAGGUCAAGGACGGCAAGAUCAAGUCGCUGUCGCCGCUCAGCGGACACUACCGGCCGCCGACGUCCAAUUUUCGCGCCUUCAUCCGCAGCCUGCGCGAGUCGCGCGUCGACGUGUCGCACGUGUCCAUUUCCAAAUCGUACGCCGUCCUCGUCGGGCUCGAGACGUAUGUGCGCACCCGCAAGAAGGGCAAGCACGUCAUGCAGAAGAUGAGCCUGAAGAAGGACAAGCUCGUCGCGCCCGAGGCGGUGGCGCGCCGUGAGGAGGAGGAGCGGGACAAGAGCGAGAGCGCCGCGCGCGAGAGGGAGAUCCUCGAGGCGGAGGCGGCGCGGGAGCAGCAGGAGAGAGAGGAGAACUCGGCCGCGGUGAAGCUCAUGCGCAAGUUGCAUAUUGCGCCGACAGAUGAAGACGACGACAAGGAUGCAUCGACGGGCAAUAACGCGCAGCCAAGUCCCGGGGAGAGGGUGGACGAGGGGGAUGUUUCGACACAGGGUGGCACGACGGCUAGGACCCGGACGGCCACUUGA